AAUGCUGUGCUGACAACUGCCAACUGUCAUGUUUACGGACUGAUUGGAAUGCACCUAGGGGAUUAUAAUAUGUGAUUUAAAUUAUUUAGGUAUUCAAAACUAACUUUUUUUCUUUCCGACUGAAAGGAAAAAUAUUUACUGAAAUUAUUGUGUUAAAGUAUUGAAAGUACAUUAGAACCAUUGUCUCAUCAAGAAGUUAAUACGUUUUGUGAAAGUCGAAUUCCUAAAGGAAAAAAGAAUGGCUCGUGGACAGCAAAAAAUCCAGUCUCAAGCCAAGGCUGCCGAAAAGUUGUCAAAAAUGAAAAAACAACAAGGACACAGUGCUACCGAUCAGAAAAAAGCAGCACAAAAGGCCCUUGUGCAUGUUUGUGUAAUUUGUAAGGCGCAGAUGCCGGAUCCCAAAACUUAUAAACAGCAUUUUGAAAACAAACAUCCUAAGAAUGAUUUACCUGAAGAUUUAAAAUCUAUCUAACAUAUUGACUACUUUAUAUUUUUUAAUGUAAUUCAAUUACGGGAAAUUGUUACAUUUACCACUGUCUUGCAUUUGUUCAAUAUGUAUUUUCAUUAAAAGCAGUUAUUUCUGUAUAAAUUUUUUUGUAAUAAAGGACAACAUUCUGCAUGAGAUGGACUUGAUUGAUUGGACUUUUUCAUUGUAAUAAAACAGACAUUUGUAUUUUA